AUGGACCUUGGAGAGGGAUAUCGCGCUGCAAGCCUGCACGUCGACCGAUGCAGGCAAGGGGGGGCGUUUUUUGGUCAAGGCUUUGAUCCGGACAGGGUUUCUCGUAUCGUUAGAGUGGUGAAGAGUAUUAACAGUGGGAUUUGGUCCUGGCCUUUGUCGCGGGGAGGGGUUGAUGCGAACCCGGGCCAGGAAAAUAUCCUUGAGACGCAAGGGAUGGUGAUGAGGGCGUUUCCAGACUGUUCGGAUCAAGCCAGAUGCAAUGACCAGUCAAUUCUCCUAGGGCAUGAACACGCGGCGAGAGUUGAUGGGAAUAUUGCCUGCAUGGACAAUGUGGACAGCUCGGUUUACGUCUGUUACUGCAUCAGUGCCUGCUGGUUCUGUAUCCUCGGAAUACUCCUCGUAUCGCUUCCGCCAGUACGAUGGCAGGAAACACAGGACGUUUCUACAAGCGCUGAGGCUCGAUGGCCGGUGGGACGGUCUCCUUACAGAUCUGGCGUAUUCGCUGGACCUCGCACUACGACUAGCCAGGCCCUUCGGGGCCACAAUGGCACAAGCGACGGGCACAGACUCAACCAGACAGACAGUUCAUCGGACAGCGCUAACGAACGGCGAAUCCUCCGUACUCCAGCUUUUCCUUGGAGAAGGUUUAACCCACCCAGGGGCGGUUGA